AUGCCAACCUCCGCCGCAUUGGGGCGUGGGGCUCCCUCGGUUCGCUUUGGGAAGACGGGCUUGUAUGCCGGGGUGACCAGGGGAGGGGGUGGAAGCCUUAACCUUGGGGGUGUGAGGUAUCUGACUAGCGGGAGGCAGUGGCAGCAGACUGGGAAUGUUCUGUCUAGCUCGGUAUCGUCAGGACGUUUUGGGAAGGAAGCUGGUCUGGGGCCUGCGAUGGGAGUCUGCCUUCACGCCCAAGCGAGGUGGUUCGUUGUGUCGAGCAGGUGGAGGCGUGAUGGCGAAAAGGUCACAGGAAGUGAGAAGAGUCCUAUUCCCGCGCCAGCCAAGCAGGGCCCUGCCUCUGCCCUCAGCAAGAUUCUGCCCAAAGCAAACCUACGCCAUGAGAAUAUCUACACCAUCCCCAACAUCCUGACCGCCUCCCGCCUCGUCGCCGCGCCCUUUAUCGGGUACUGCAUCCUACACGAUUACCAUGCCGCCGCUCUGGGUCUGUUUGCCUACGCCGGCAUCACCGACGCGCUCGACGGCUGGAUCGCCCGCCGCUGGAACCUCGGGACGGUCGUGGGCACCGUGAUCGACCCCAUGGCCGACAAGACGCUCAUGACGGUGCUCACUGUGGCCCUGGCUGUGAAGGGGGCGCUGCCAGUCUGGCUCGCCGUCAUCAUCCUCGGCCGGGACGUCGCUCUGGCCAUCUCAGCCAUCUACUACCGCUGGAUCUCGCUGCCCCCGCCUAAAACCUUUGCGCGGUACUGGGACUUCUCCCUGCCCUCGGCCGAGGUGCACCCGACCCAGAUCAGCAAGUACAACACAGUGCUGCAGCUGGGGCUCGUGGGCCUGACGACCCUCGCGCCCGUGGUCCCGGCGGUGGAUAUGAGCAGCAUGUUGGGCAUUAUGCACUAUGUCGUGGCCACGACUACUGUCUGGAGCGGCGCCAGCUACAUCUACAGCAAGGACGCGGUCAAGAUCUUGACACCGCAGCAGGCCGAGGAGAAGAAAGCGGAGCAGGAGAAACAGGACUCCAGGUGA